AUGGAGUCAUCUGAUCAUUUGUGUUCUGAUGUUAUUUUCGAGAUUCUGACUCGAACUUCAUUUGAAACUUUGUCUCGCUGCAAACUAGUAUGUAAAUCAUGGAACCGAGUGACCUACGAUUCAAGUUUUAUGAAUCUUUUUUGCCGAAGAACAAGCACCAUAUCUGGGUUUUUCAUCCAAAGCAUGGCGUCCAACAAAUACUCUUCAAACUUCGUCUCUAGUCACGAGUCUAGCCUUCCGGGUUUGAAUGUGUCUCUUGAUUUUCUACCUCAUAAUGUGAAGAUUGAGGCUUGUUCAAAGCAAGGUAUUCUGUGCUGUUUAAGCCGGAGGGAUCGGCAUUGUCGGUAUUAUGUCUGCAAGCCGAGUACAAGACAGCUUCAAUCUUUGCCCAAUCCGAAGAUGAGGUACAACACUGAGAAAGUCGCCAUGGUGGUUUUGCGGUCUAACCCUUUGCGGUACAAGAUUUUCCGGUUAUCUUCGCCUAGGCACUUAUCGACGACGAAGUAUUAUAAUUAUGGGUGUGAGAUUUUUGACUCAGAUACUUGGUCAUGGAAGCAAUUACAAGACACACUGCUCCCCUAUGGUGUGAUCUUCACAACCAAUCCUACUAUUUUUGUCUGUGGCACAAUUCAUUGGCUUGCCAGCAAUAACAACGUACUAGCUUUCAAUGAAGAACAAGAGACGUACACAACGUUUCCAUUACCAAAACCCUUGUGUGAUGAUAAACUCUACACAUACAAGCAGCUCAUGGAGUACCAAGGGCGGCUCGCACUAUGCUGUAAUACACCAGAAUGGUCUCUUGAACUAUGGGUUAUGGAGGACUAUACAGACCAUGUAUGGAAGAAGAGACAAGUAUUAAGCGUCGAAAGUCUUAAAAGGGUAGAACCCUAUUCCUCUCCUACUCUUGCUGCUUUCUGCAAUGCUGAUACUGCACUCAUGAUGAGCUUUAAGAAGGUGAUAUUCUACAAAAUGCAAGAGGGCAAUUUUAAGGUAAUCAGAAUGAUUGAUCUCAACGAUCCUUGUGAGGUUUUCGCGUUCCAAUCGGAUUUGAAGCCAACUGAUUUGAGAUGUGGGGGCUGA